AUGGCUCACUCUAAUCGACGAGAAAAUGUAUCAUCGGUAACGGAUGUUGCAAACGUUCCUCAAACAGGAUUCAAUCAAGUAUGGCGUUACUCAAAUAUAAAUAAUGUCAAAGUUGUUUACAACUCAAUUGAUGCUCAAAAUUAUCUACGAGCUGUUGCCAGUGGUUGGGGAGUCGAUGAAUCUUCUGAAAUUGGAAGAAAUUUUCUUAAUGAUGUGCGGAAAGCGACUGAACAACAUCACCCUGUGGCCAAGCAUCCAUCAAUAUUUGAAUAUCCAAUGGAAACGGAACAUGAAACACGUUACAUGCUUAUUGUGAUUUAUGCGAAAGAGGAUCGAAUUGAAAUUGGUUAUUCAUAUCAUUAUAUGACAAAUCAAGCAUUAGCAAAGUGUAGGGAUCCAAUGAUACCAAACCGAUACUCAAUUCAAUGGCUCAGAGAAAAAGCUAAACAGAGUUUGAAACUUCCAACGGCUAUAGUUACUUCGAUGGUGAAUAAUGAUGCUUUCUCGGUUCAAGAUGGGAUGCACACAGAUCAACAAAUUCAGCUAUCAUCAGCCUCAAUUCCCAUUUCUUUGUUUGGAAAUGCGCUGGAUAAAAACAAGAGAUGGUUCCAAAAAGACGCGACGUUUUAUGAUGAGGACGCAGUGGUAGGAGUUCCUCGAAAAUAUGAUGUAUUUUAUGCCCUGCCAUAG